CGGCGGCAGAAGGCAACGCGCCUUCGAAUCCCUAACCCCUCAAGUUCGCUGUCUUGACUCUGCUAUCGAAACCCGCAUAGCUUUCGCCUUUCGGAUUCGAGGGCGAGGCGCGCGCAGGGAACGCGAUCGAUCGUAGCCAUGGCCGCCGCCGGAGAGGAGAAACCGUUGCCGGCGGAGGAAAUCCAGGGGAUCAACGACGAGGCGGAGCCGCAUCCCCCGAGGCGUAAGCGUAACGACGACUUACUCCACGACGAGGAGUUCCAGCGUGUGGUGCGCGACAUCGUCAUCGGCCCGGAUAACGUUCCCGGCGGAGGACAUGCGUUGAGGAUUAUCAGAGACCCUGCUACUGCGUUCGAAGAGCUCCUAGAGUGCUACCGCAAGGCCGGCCUGCUAGAAGGUCAAGUCUGGAAGCGUUGUAACAUCUUCAAGGGGUUGGAGGGGUUGGAUAACUUGCAGGAUGAGGUGAAGAUGGAGGAGACAGUGAAAGAGGAGGAGGAGGAGGCGACAGGUUGCCGAGGCAGAGACGCGAGCCCUGAUCGUCCCGAUGAGCUGGCGAAGAAACGACGCUUGGAUGGGCCUUGAGCUGGAUUAUGGAUGCAACCUGCCAUUUGAGCUGAGCUGUAUUUAGUAACACUGUCAAUUUUUACAACAGUAGAGAGAUUCAUUCAGUAACUAGUGAUUGUUCUGCGUGAUAACGACCGCAGUUACCAUCCCUAGAUAAUACUAGUAUAGCUAGCAAUACUGGUGAGCCACAAUCAGCAGUAACCCAUGUUCCAAAUUGACCCUUAAUUUGUAACUUCGUUUUCUGAAGACUGAGGUUUAGUUGAAUAGUUGAUGUCAUAGCUGGUCUUGUGGCCUAUCGAACCUUGUGUGUGUUUUGUUUUCUUUAAUGAAAGCGGGAGCGGUGUGGCCUUCUCUUUGGAAAAAAAAAGGGUCUUGUGGCUCA